AUGUUGGAGACUGAGUCUAUGAACAAUUACGCCUACACGGAGGCUCCCGGUGUUAACUUUUUCGACACUGAGAACCUCAAGUGUUUGAAGGCCCCUUUGACUUCCCCCGCCUUUAACAACUUUUCCAGUCAUAUGGAAACUGGCGCCGCACGUCUUGAGGAGACUUUGGAGCUGCUGAACUUGCGUUACCAGACUCUUUUUUUUCUUGCCUCGGCUGCCCUUGUGACCAGCUCCGUCUUCUCAGUCACCAAGACUCUCGGACUUUCCACCUUACCUGGACUGCUUCUUUCAACGUUCUUACUCACCAAUGCUCUGCUCGUCAUGGUUUUGGACAUUCCCGGCACUCCGAGGUGGGCCGGCAAGUACCGCAGACACAUUAGGAAGAACAUGAGAUUUUUGACUAGGCUGACUGGCAAGUCUUUGUGGCUGGCCGUUUUGGGUGCCGCCAAUAUGGUCACUCUCAAGUCCAACAAGAAAGUUGGCGCUCUUCGCUUCUUGUUCGGCACCCUGACUUCGCUUUUCGUUUUCGGGGUGGCCGCGACUGGAUUCGCAAUUGCUGUAAGGAAGAGUUUCAGGUUAGAGAAGGCCAAGACCGUUGUUAAGGAGGCAUCCAAGGGUGCCUACAUUGAUGUUUUCAGAAAAUAUGCUUUGGCAGACCCAGAACAUGGAAUGCAAUUUGAGGAAUUUAAUAGGCUCUGCUCAGACUACACUUCUGGCAGGCUACAGUUUGACAUUGUUGACCUUUACAUUAUUUUCAACGUUCUUGACGAACAUCAGAAGUGUGCCGUCAACGAGCGUGAGUUCUACGAAUGGCUUGCAGGCUCCCUUGUAUUUCUUUGA